AUGCCUAAGAACAGCAAGGUGACCCAGCGUGAGCACAGCAGUGAGCAUGUCACGGAGUCGGUGGCCGACCUGCUGGCCCUCGAGGAGCCCGUGGACUACAAGCAGAGCAUCCUGAACGUGGCAGGUGAGGCCAGCGGCAAGCAGAAGGCGGCAGAGGAGGAGCUGGACGCGGAGGACCGGCCGGCCUGGAACAGCAAGCUGCAGUACAUCCUGGCCCAGAUCGGCUUCUCCGUGGGCCUGGGCAACAUCUGGAGGUUCCCCUACCUGUGCCAGAAAAAUGGAGGCGGUGCCUACCUGGUGCCCUACCUCGUGCUACUGAUCAUCAUCGGGAUCCCACUCUUCUUCCUGGAGCUGGCUGUGGGCCAGAGGAUCCGCCGUGGCAGCAUUGGUGUGUGGCACUACGUGUGCCCCCGCUUGGGGGGCAUCGGCUUCUCCAGCUGCAUAGUCUGCCUGUUUGUUGGGCUAUAUUAUAAUGUGAUCAUCGGCUGGAGCAUUUUCUACUUCUUCAAGUCCUUCCAGUACCCACUGCCCUGGAGCGAAUGUCCUGUCACCAGGAAUGGGACUGUGGCAGUGGUGGAGGCAGAGUGUGAAAAGAGCUCAGCCACCACCUACUUCUGGUACCGAGAGGCCUUGGACAUCUCCAACUCCAUCUCGGAGAGCGGGGGCCUCAACUGGAAGAUGACCCUGUGCCUCCUGGUGGCCUGGAGCAUCGUGGGCAUGGCCGUGGUCAAGGGCAUCCAGUCCUCUGGGAAGGUGAUGUAUUUCAGCUCCCUCUUCCCCUAUGUGGUGCUGGCCUGCUUCCUGGUCCGGGGGCUGCUGCUGCGAGGGGCCGUCGAUGGUAUCCUACACAUGUUCACCCCCAAGCUGGACAAGAUGCUGGACCCCCAGGUGUGGCGGGAGGCAGCCACACAGGUCUUCUUCGCCCUGGGGCUGGGCUUCGGGGGUGUCAUCGCCUUCUCCAGCUACAACAAGCAAGAUAACAACUGUCACUUCGAUGCUGCACUGGUGUCCUUCAUUAACUUCUUCACCUCGGUGCUGGCCACCCUCGUGGUGUUUGCCGUGCUGGGCUUCAAGGCCAACAUCAUGAACGAGAAGUGUGUGGUCGAGAAUGCUGAGAAAAUCCUGGGGUACCUCCACACCAAUGUCCUGAGCCGGGACCUCAUCCCUCCACACGUCAACUUCUCGCACCUGACUGCCAAGGACUACACGGAGAUGUACAAAGUCAUCAUGGCCGUGAAGGAGGACCACUUCUCAGCUCUGGGCCUCGACCCCUGCCUCCUGGAGGACGAGCUGGACAAGUCCGUGCAGGGCACAGGGCUGGCCUUCAUCGCCUUCACUGAGGCCAUGACACACUUCCCGGCCUCCCCGUUCUGGUCUGUCAUGUUCUUCCUGAUGCUCAUCAACCUGGGUCUGGGCAGCAUGAUUGGGACCAUGGCCGGCAUCACCACGCCCAUCAUCGACACCUUCAAGGUGCCCAAGGAGAUGUUCACAGUGGGCUGCUGUGUCUUUGCAUUCUUCGUGGGGCUGUUGUUCGUCCAGCGCUCCGGAAACUACUUUGUCACCAUGUUUGACGACUACUCUGCCACCCUGCCGCUCACCGUCAUCGUCAUCCUUGAGAACAUUGCUGUGGCCUGGAUCUAUGGAACCAAGAAGUUCAUGCAGGAGCUGACAGAGAUGCUGGGCUUCCGGCCCUAUCGCUUCUAUUUCUACAUGUGGAAGUUCGUGUCUCCGCUGUGCAUGGCUGUGCUCACCACGGCGAGCAUCAUCCAGCUGGGGGUCACGCCCCCCGGGUACAGCGCCUGGAUCAAGGAGGAGGCUGCAGAGCGCUACCUGUACUUCCCUAACUGGGCCAUGGCGCUCCUGAUCACCCUCAUCGUCGUGGCGACCUUGCCCAUCCCCGUGGUGUUCAUCCUCCGGCACUUCCACCUGCUAUCUGAUGGCUCCAACACCCUCUCCGUGUCCUACAAGAAGGGCCGCAUGAUGAAGGACAUCUCCAACCUGGAGGAGAACGAUGAGACCCGCUUCAUCCUCAGCAAGGUGCCCAGCGAGGCGCCCUCCCCCAUGCCCACUCACCGCUCCUACCUGGGGCCCGGCAGCACAUCGCCCCUGGAGACCAGCGGCAACCCCAAUGGACGCUAUGGGAGCAGCUACCUCCUGGCCAGCACCCCCGAGUCGGAGCUGUGACCACCGCCCCACCCUGCCCUGCCCACCUCUCCCCCCACACCCAUCCAGCCUGCUCGUCCCGGCCUGGCCUCGCUUCCUAGGCCAGGCCCUCUGCCCACGGAGAGGGGGGGUGCCCUCCCUCAUCCCCCACCCCAGUCCCGGCCAGCUCCUCCCUAGACCUGAGCAGGGGCCGGGAGAAACUCUGUCCCCAGUGCAGGCUCCCAGCCCAUCUCACCUCCUGAGAUCCGCUCACCAAAUUGCAGCUGAUUAACGAGAACAAUCCAGAAGUCCGGAUUCCCAGCACAGUGGAGACUGCAAGUGGCCACUGUAGGGGUCACUCUCCCUACCCGCUCCCUGUAACCUGGCACCUGUUGUUCUUAGGUCCUGGGCAUCCCUCCGUGCCGCCAGGUGGUGGUGAGAGGCUCGGCAUUGGGUAGGAUGGGGUGUGGGGCAGCCCAGAGGCUGAUGAAUUCAAGGUUGGGGACGGGACGAUUGUGUCAGGACUCAGGGCUCAGACUUGGGACGGAAUCUCGUGGAAGUCCCCAGGUUCUGUUUUGUGGGCUGGGCAUGGGGGCCCUUGGCCUGGGCUCUAGGUGGAAUCUCCAUGUUCCCGACCCUGCCUGGGGCAGCGUGUGUCCCGUGUCCUGCCUGGGAGGGUGACAACUGUCUGGAACCCUUGCCCGCCUCCAUGAGGGCUUAGCCGGCCCUCUCCGUCCCCACCCUGGAGCCCACAGUCCUGGCCUGUGCCUCUUUCCUCUAGAGAGGAGGGGACAGUACACAGAGAGGUUUCCAGAGCACACUUGAUGGUUCACAGCACAAUUCAGAUGGUUUGGAGCACAAUUGCGAAGCACACUCCCUCUCUCACCCGGGGGCCCAACUUUCUCACUAGCGGCAGCUUCUCCCCUGGAAUGGGGGUCCCUGGAGUUCAGGGGCUCGUACCCAGCAAACCUCAUCCCUAGGGAAAGACGGAUAACUUCACUGCCCCUUUGGGCUGCCACUCACUCUCCUUGUUCGAGCACAACCAGCGCCGUGUGCAUGUCGUGUGUGAAUAUCUCGGGAACCUUCCCCAAGCCGCCCGGCCCGUGACAGGGAGGGCACGGGCAGUGCUGUGGGCACCGGGGUUGCCCAGGAGAAGGGCCGGGUCUCUGUCCUGGGGCCCAGCCCCCGCUGCAUCCCCACCCACCCCUACCUGAGGCCUCCCCCAGAAGAGGGCUGCCCUCGGAGUGCAGGCUGGGAGGACUGGAGUCUGGCUGGAGAAUAAUGUCUGCAGAGCGCUGGACGGGCUCGCGGAAGGAUGGUCGCGUGGAUGCACGGGCGUGGAUGGAUGGAAGGCAGGCAGCCUGGCGGGGAUGGCAGAACUCCAAUUGUGAGAGCUGAAGUACACGGGGCAGCAGCAGGCCACAGUGCUAGGCCCGGGCACCAUCACGCAACGUCCCGAGUCACUCCCGUGUUCUCAGCGCUGGGAGGGACAGGCCACGCCCAGGGUUUCCUCCUUCAUCCCCUAGCCCCAUGGUCCCCCCACCAACUUGCCAGGGGGUCCCUCCCCCCGCCUCUGCUCCCAUUUCCAGCCCUCUGGCCACACCUGUCCUUUCUCAGUGGGAGGGGGGGAAGGAGACCCACAUGUCCCCGAAGACAUGAGCUUUUGGGGCACAGCAUCCCGCUUCAGGCACCUCACCAACACCUCCUACCUGGCCCCAUGCCCAAUCCCAGCAGACUUAGCAACAGGAAAAGCAAGGCCCCAGGAGAGACACUCUACUAUAUAUACUCUUCUAUAUAUUCUAUUUCUAUUGUAUAUUCGAUCUGUACAUGUGGGUGUAAAUGCUGUUAAAUGACAAACCCAAUAUUAUACUGUGGCUGGUGGACUAUUUUCAUCCUCAGUGCUGUACAGAUCUAUUUUCAUUGUAUAUUUGAUAUAUUUUUAAUUUUGUAGCGUGUGGCUGGGCCAGGCCCCAGCCUGCCAGCCUGCACCAGGGCGGUUGAACGGGGCCGUCUGCUUGGUUCUUACGGGCCGGGUAGUGCUUGUAGCCUUUGGCUGCAGGCCGGGCCCCGUCCCGGCUGUGGCUCUGCUGUGUUAGACGUAAGGCCUGGAGCUUGGUGCGUGCGUGUGCGUGCGUGUGUGUGUGUGUGGUGCGUGCCCCUACCUGGGUGUGGGUGCGUGUAGGUGAUUCGUGCCAGCCCGUGUUCACCACGUCCCUGCAGACCACACUGGCCCUCUCCCUGCCUCCCCCCUCGGCUCUGUCAGGCAAGGCCUCGGGGCAGGGUGCUGUGGGGAAAGGCAGGUGUUUCUUGCUGGUGGCCCAUUACCUUCCUACCCCUGGGCUUGCCAGAAACAGGGAAGGAGGGGCUUUGGGGUGGGGGGGACAGCCCCCAAAUUUAUUUUCUAGCCAACUUCUUGCUGUUCCCUCUGGAGCCACAAGGUUUUCAUCCUGAGGAAAAGUGCUGGGUUUCUUAAGAUGGGGAGACCCCAGGAGAGCCUCUCCCAGCGCCUCUGUCCCGUGUUCGUCCUUGAGACAGUCCUGAGAGGGCUCAGAAAGGAACAGCUUCCCUUUCCCUGCGCUUUUGACACACACUCCUCACUCCUCAGGGGGGCUGGGAGCGGUUGGUCGAGGCCAGAAGAGGUGAGGCAUCUGACAAGGUGAGCUCCAGCCCCAGAUUCCCUGGAGGAGCGGGAGGGGCAGGCCCCCACAUCCCUGUGCCGGGUCCGCGUCCCUUACUGGCUUUGGUGCUGUCCAUGCAGUGCCCACAGGAGACAGCGGACUCAGGGCAGGCAGGGAGGGGGUGGGGGGGUGCCUGAAAGCGUCCCCCGGUCCCUGCUCCUGCCUGUCCUCCAGCCCCGGUCACCAGCUUCUUCCUCGGGGAGCCCUACUCCGCUGAGGCAAUGCGAAGCCUGGGCUCCAGAUGGGGGUGGACAGGUGGGGCAUACUGGUGAGGGGUUGGCUUUUGCCCUCCAGCAAUAAAUCUGAGGGGACGUCUUUCCUAGUGCCAGGAGAAGCCUUCCUGAGUCAGCCUGCCAUAGGUGGUGAGGCUGGGGGCCACAAGCUGCAUGGUGCCAGGCCCUCAGCAGGCCUGUAGUAUUAUAGGCAGGGGGCUCCCCCUCUGCCCUUCCUCACAGCUAUACCCGCCUGUCCCCCCAGAGUACUCCCACGGUGGGAGAGAGCAGAGACAUGAAGUCCGUGUGCCCCAUGACUGGCCAGGGCCCUGGGUCAAGACCGCUCAGCCCAGGGGAGGGGCCGAGGCAUCGUCAUCCCCCAACCCCCUCCUUCCUUUCUACUCCCCCCACCCACGGUGUACAAUAAAGUGUUCUUACCAAA